AUGGGUGAUAUGUUGGAUUUAAAUUAUUUAAUUUUUCGAAAUUCUUCUCCUCCUUCUCCUGCUGGAAUCGGUUUCAAAUUGGAGCAAGAAAUAGAGUUACAACAUCAACAAGAUCCUUCUUCAAAAAGAAAAUUUGUUGAUGAAGGUUAUAGAGAUGACGUAGUUGUGCAGGUAACAAGAGAUGAAGUAGGAGCUAAUACAACUCUCGUUGUUCAAGAACUUAAAAAUUAUAAUAUUGAAGUCAAUGAAUAUUUUAAACUUCCAGAAGAAUCGCGUAGUGGUAGAGAAAUGUAUUUUUCUUUAGAAAUACCACAUCCUGUAAAUGAAAUCAAAGCCUCGUUGAGGAAUUUUCAAGUACGAAAGCUCAAGACUGGUAUAUUAUUAAAUAUCACGUAUUCAGGUAUAGGUAAUUGGUUUAUUGGCAUUCUUAAAGCUGAAGCUUGCAGUGGUAGCUAUUACUUGAAAAUAAAAUACUCAGGCCUUGCUUUCACAUUUCCAAAGAUCAAAUUUAAGUCAUCUUGGGAGUCUAUAAAUCCAUCUUUUUGCCUAUUUAAAGAAUACGAUAAUAGAUUAUAUUGGUUCAGUUCUUUUUUAAAUUGUAUUACACCACCCGUGGUGAAAUAUAAUGAAAAGGAAAUCCCAUAUGAAUAUAGCUCAACUUUUUUUAGGGAAACCCCGCUCUAUGUUUCAAUAGAAAUACCAAAACCAAAUUCAUUUUAUCAAAAUUCUUUUCGUUUUUCAUUUUAA